AUGUUCCGUUUGGCGGCGGAAGGUGAAGGAGAGAGUUUAGAAGGUGAAGAAUUAGGAUUAGCGAAUUUAGUAGUUAAUUCUAAUGGAUUGGAGGAAGGUGUGAAAAAGGAGAAGAAAAAGGCGAGAAGGCAAGGAUUAGGAUAUUAUGUAGACAGUAGAGGA